CUUGUCAAAAUGUAUCAUUAUUUAUCUUCUAUAAAUUUAUUUAGUAAUUAACGUAUUUAAUAAUAACAACUAUUUUUAGCGGUAUUUCUUAUCUUUUCACUGUAUGAAUAACUUUACAAUAUAAAAUGCUUUUUUAGUAAUAGAUUUCCAACCACACAAAAACAAAAUGGCCUUUUAUUAAUACUACCCUUUUUCUUCUUUACCAUGAAGUCCUUUAGAUUAGUAGUACAUCAUAAAUCGUUUAGUGAUGAUGAUCUGGUAAUUAACCAGAAAGACUAUCCGGAAGCAAGGAAAAAUGACAUAGUAGAAAUCUUCCAUCCACCCCCACAAGAUGAAGAAAACUACGAGGAGGAAUUCCCACAUCUCCUCUUGCAAAUAACAGGGUUCAAAGAUGAUUUGGUACCAUCUCGCACUGUCAGUGUAGAGCAAAGUGUAGCACAAGCUUUUGGACUUAAGAACUAUAAAAAUGUCACUGUGAGACUGGUAGACCCCAAGGAUGUCGCUCUGGAUUCCAUUGAGGUCACUUUUAAGGACCAGUACAUGGGCAGGUCCGAAAUGUGGAGGUUUAAGAAUAGCUUGGUAAAUAGCUGUGUGUACAUAAAUAAAAAACUGGAAUUCUGUGGUGGCUCAGUUCGGUGUCAAGUCUACGAAAUGUGGGCCCUGGGAGAGAGAGUGGCCUGUGGAGUCAUCACCGAGGAUACAAAAAUAGUCUUCCGGUCUUCCACUGCUAUGGUUUACAUUUUUCUUCAGAUGUCAUCGGAAAUGUGGGAUUUUGAUAACUAUGGGGAUUUAUACUUUGAAAAGGCUGUGAACGGUUUCCUAUCCGACCUUUUUAUGAAAUGGAAAAAAAAUGGAAGUAACCACGAGGUCACCAUUGUGAUGUUCUCCCGAACGUUUUACGAAGCGAAUAGUUUGGAAGAGUUUCCUCCUCACAUGCGAGAAUGCUUGCAAAAGGAUUACAAGGGUCGAUACUAUGAGGAUUUUUACAGGGUUCCAGUGCAGAACGAAAGAUACGACGACUGGAGUAACGUAUUAGUGCAACUAAGGCGAAUUUUUCAAGAGUACCUCAAUGUGGUCCUAAAGUACCAUGCCAGGGCAAACAUCACCAUUCCGGCCGCGACUAACAGCACUGCCGCACAAGGGAACUUCUUAGAAGUACUAAAUAUGUCUUUAAAUGUCUUUGAGAAGCAUUAUUUGGACAGAAGUUUCGAUAGGACCGGUCAGCUGAGCGUAGUGGUGACCCCUGGUGUCGGAGUGUUUGAAGUAGACAGAGAACUGACCAACAUCACCAAACAAAGAAUUAUCGAUGGGGGUGUUGGUAGUGAUUUGGUGUGUGUCGGGGAGCAACCCCUACACGCCGUACCCCUGUUAAAGUUUCAUAAUAAAAACACUCACCCGAACGUCCCGGAUGAUUAUUCGAUGCCGCAUUGGAUCAAUUUGUCGUUUUACUCCACCAGUAAGAAGAUCCCUUAUUCGAAUUUCGUGCCGAGAAUCAAACUGCCACCGGUGUUAAAAGAUGCGGCGAUUAAAGGGGGCAAGGAGACCGCCAAAAGGGAACUGCUGGGCGAAGACGAUUGUAUUCAUAGUAAUUUUUUUGAUUAUGACGCUUACGACGCGGCGGUUUUUCAGUUGCCAAACGCCCAUUAUGUUCAGGAGCAUAGCUCUAUCUAUGGCAAAGUACCAAACAGACACAAAAGAAGCUCCGGCAGCCUCUUAGACUCCCAAGAGCUUAUCAAAGGAACCCGUAGAAAAAUGUCGGAUCCGGACCUGUUUCAGCGUAAAAGUGACCCGAAACGAACGGAACCUAUCGCCAUACCGUCCGCCACCACCAACUUACUGAUAUCACCGCACACCGAAGAUAAAGAAUUCUCGCCGCCGAUGAGAAAAGUGGUGGGUUCGGCGGGUUCGCCCCCGCACGAAUCCCGCGCUUUAAUAAACCCUUUCGAUCCGUCCCACGUGACAAUCAAAUUGACGUCGAACAGGAGAAGAUGGACGCACAUUUUUCCAAAAGGGCCGACCGGCAUGUUGAUCCAGCAGCAUCAUUCGCAAGCGGUUCCGGCCAGGGAUAACGAGCAAAAUGGCUGUGAGCAGUUGAAUUUUCAGCAGCAGAAUAAAUCUUUGGUGGUUACGGCUGCUUUACAAGAAUAUUGUAAAAAACGCCCCAGCCACACAUCAAACAGCACCAACUCCAACAAACAUUCGACUAAAAGUCUCACACUCUUGUGGGGGGCCACUGGGGAACAGGAAUGGACUCCGGCCCUAACAACAGUUAAUGACGUUAUCAUAGGAGUCGAUUGGAAAUCACUGACUAUACCAGCCUGCCUACCGAUAACAACCGAUUAUUUCCCAGACAAGAGAACUUUGAACACCGAUUACUUCGAAUCUCUUUACACUUUGGUACCGGACAGUUUUUAUGCGGAUUUCGCACAGUGUAAAGGCACCAAAAAGCCCAUGACUACCGACGAAGUUUUUAGGGAGUUGAUUUCUCAAAGGCUGUCUCAAGGGUUCCAGUUGAUCCUAAACCCAAAAAUCAAAGAAAAAACCCUGAGUGCCCAAUCUAGCAACAUAUUAAGAAAAAGCCCCACCGAUAACGACGAGAGUUACUUCCUAUCGAUAGGGCGGCUAUUUCACAAAAUAUCUCUGAUCGGAAACACCAUUUCCGUAACUAGGUACAGACCGAGGCACUCUUAUCCAAGUUUCAAAAUUCAGUAUCGCUACAGGUUUCAUCCGCCCCUGCACGACACUUACGAGGAGUCUUAUGCCACAUUUACAACCGAAAAACUUGAAACCUUCAAUUGGAAUUAUUUGGACCAUUACGUUUGUACUGGCGGGGAUACUACGGAAUUCGAGUUGGACGAUGCUUUGAAAUAUUGGAGGUUUCGGGUGUAUCUGUUGCCCCUAAACAGUUCAGAAACGAAAAAGAUCGUCGAGGUAUCAUCCAGGUGUGACAUUUACCCUUUACCGACCGCACAGGAUCACAAUCAGAUGACCGAGGGAUUCCUAAAGUUCAUCGAAACCGCCGUGAAUAAAUUGAAAAGGAACACGGUCGUCUCGAAGAAACCCAGGAUGUCGCUCAGCGUUCAAACAUUACCGCCGCUAGCUCAGCCGAGGCGUAACAGUAUAAGCAGUUUCUCCCAGAAUUUGAGCUCCAGUUCGCCGUUUAGGGAACGUUUGGGCAGCAACCGGUUGUCGGACAGGCCCCGGCCAAGGUCGGGAUCGAAGGUUCUAGACCGUUCCAGGAUGUCCCAAGGUUCCCAAGACCAACCCGGCGAGAACCCCGAUCCAGCUACAGAAGAAGGGGCUGUGGUAGCAAUGACUCCACUUAAACCGACAGCCACCAACAGUGAAAUAAUCGAAGCCCUAAAACAGCAAUAUAACGGUUUAUCAUUCAUUUAUAUGCCCCAAAGUUUACCGAAAGAAACUUUCGUUACUGCCGAUGCUGUAAACUGGCUACUGGCACAUAUGGAGGGUGUAAACACCAUUGAGCAUGCUAUCAAAGUAAUGAAAGGACUUCAUAAAGACAAUUUAAUCAGGCAUGCCUCAGGAGACCCUAACAAACCUUUUAUAUACGGGUUUUUCUUGUUUUAUAUCGUACCAGACCGAUGCGAAAAAGGUACAAAUGAAAAAUGGCCCGAUCGCAUUUUAAAUUUGAUGAUUUUAGAUGACAAAGACUGGUUUCAACCCAUCGGCGACCUGGAACGGUUCGAAAAUGAAUUUUUAGAGGUGGAAAUUAAACCUGCAUUGAAAUGGGGUCUUUCUACUGGUACUGAUGUGAAUAAUGUUCCUAUUCAAGGCUUUCCGACUGUUAGUGAGGAAAAGGAAGCCGGAGUGCCGCAUUUCUUGUGUGAUAACAUCGAUUCGGAUUAUGCUGAUAUCGAUUCUGAUGGUGUGAUAUACAAGAAAACUCGCCUAGAAACCGACGUAAUGAACAAAAGUGAUCGGGUGGAAUGGGGCCAUUGUCGCUAUCAGACAAUUUUUAGACCCGACCAAGCGUACGAGUUAAUAGCCGAGUGGCUUACGAGCUCCGGCUCUAUCGUAGGAGAACUGCUCUUCGGUUGGCACAGAAAGGGACAAACGUCUUGCAGUCUUCAGAUGAUCCCCAUACCGCAUGACCCGCUUGCUUUGCCUUAUUCAAACAAAUCGGAUCCUCUGAGGGGCCCGAUAUUUGUCCCACUAAACAUCUCAUGCCUGGAAAAUGAGGAUGGACCUCUUUUCAAAGAUUUUCCUGAAGAUACUUGGAUGGAUCGGAUGUUUUUGUUUAAAGAAGCCAUAGUGCAACGUUUCGGGUUCAUAAAAUGCCUUAUAGAGUUCCCCAGUAACCAACCGCAACGCCCAUCCAGGGAACAUCAGUACAUCCAUGCCACUGGCACCAUUUUUCUUUUAAUCAAUUGUUCCGCUCCGAAACCGGAAAAAGGAAAACCGAUCGAUAAUAAACGCUUGAAUGCCAUGACCAAAUAUUCCUUACACGCAGGGUUUAUGCCUAGUCCACACGAAGCGUAUAUCACCAGGCAUGUAUCGGGGCAAAAUAAGGCAGAUUAUGAUAAUUCCAGAAAGUUGGGCUUUUUGUGGUGCUGGAACCAUAUGAUCAGCAGAAAGUGGAGAACCAACCAAGGGGUGGACAGCAACUUUCAGAUCAAAGUCCUAAAGGAUUUUAAGGCUUUCUGCAGCAAUUCGGAGAACAGACUCAGGGAUUUCUGGAGAGAGAGCUGGAAUGCCAAAACGACAUCUUUACUUUGAGAAUUUGACUUUAUUUAAUUAGUAAGAACCAUUUACGUUGUACAAAUAUUUGUAUGUUCUGUAAUAAAUUAUGUUGCCUAAUAA